GCACACAAACACUGUGAGUAUCACGCGUACUCUCUCAUCACACUCCCAAGCUGCUUAACAGGCAGGAAAAGCACCUAGUCUGACUGAGUCUGCAGUCCGUCACUGCAGGAUAGGACAGGACCGAGAGGAUGUGAAGAACGAGUGCAGACCCAACAAUUCGUCCUUCUGUUUUUACCUUAAAGCAACAGUUAAAGUGCUGUCAUCUGACGGCGUCCUUAGCUCCAGGAAGCUCUUCCCAGGUAGCCCUCUUCUCCCAAAAAAAAUUGAAAAGAAAAGGAGGAAAGAAAGCCAGCAAGGGCAGGAGCAAGGGCAAUUCUCUCCUGGAGCUUGUCGUGAACGUCCUCUCAAUGUCCUCAUGAAAAUGAGCAGGAACCUGCAUGAGGUCUGGGCUAAAAGAUGGCACGGCGAGUAGGAGGGGAAGGCUCCCCAAAAAAGACAUCUCUUAACCUGGUGACAGGGUUCCACCACUACCUCCGAGAUGAGCAGGAGGCGGUGCAGAAAAGGACGUUCACAAAGUGGAUCAAUUCCCACUUGGCAAAGCGUGUUCCUUCUCUUGAGGUGAAAGACCUCUUUGAUGACAUCAAGGAUGGUGUGAUGCUGCUGGCCCUCCUGGAAGUCCUCUCUGGACAAAAACUGCCAUGUGAGCAGGGCAAGAAACUAAAGAGGAUCCACUGGGUCGCCAAUAUUGGUACAGCUCUCAAGUUCCUUGAGGGUAGAAAAAUUAGGCUGGUAAACAUUAACUCCACCGACAUUGUGGAUGGACGCCCAUCGAUUGUACUUGGUUUGGUGUGGACAAUCAUACUGUAUUUCCAGAUUGAAGAGCUAACCAGCAGCCUACCAGAGCUGCAGGUCUUCUCCAGCAGUAACUCCUCCAUGGAUAGCUCCACCAGCAGCACUGACACCACCAGCCCACCUGUCAAACGGAGACCUCUGCCUCCUCUGCAAGGGGGAGCCAGAAAGGCUUUACUCAGAUGGGUUCAGCAGACAGCUACCAAAUGUCAAGGUCUUGACGUGAAAGACUUUGGCCCCAGCUGGCGCACUGGUUUAGCCUUUUUUGCUGUUAUCAAUGCCCUCCGGCCUAAUCUUGUAGACAUGGAGCAGGUAUGGAGGAGGUCAAAUCGAGAAAAUCUGCAAGAGGCGUUUCUAUUGGCUGAGACAGAGUUAGGCAUUCCACAGCUUCUUGAUCCAGCAGAUGUGGAUGUAGACAAGCCAGAUGAGAAAUCUGUCAUGACCUAUGUUGCCCAGUUCUUGAAGCAUCACCCUGACAGGAAGCAGAGCGACUCAGAAGAACAACCCGAAGAAGUGCAUGAGUUUGCUCCUCGGGACAUAGAGGAAAUGUUUGAGAGAGAACAGCGAAAGAGCCAGAGGGAACUCAAAAUGUGGCUCGAACACUUGGAGAAAGAGGCAGUACAGGCACAGGAGACUGAAGGCAGCCUUGAUGAACAGUACCAGCUCUUCAAAAGCUUGCAAGUCCAGUUGGAGAUGAAACGGAAGCAGGUGGAGGGAGCUUUACAGUCCACACAGCGGGAUGGGAUGCUGACUGUGGAUCAGGCUCUGGUCAAACAGGCCUGGGAACGGGUCUCCAACAGGCUUCUGGAUUGGCACCUUCAGCUGGAUAGAUCCCUGCCAGCUCCUCUGGGGACAGUUGGGGAAUGGCUACAUGAGGCUGAAGGAGCCCUGCGACAAGAGAUUACUGUUCAGCAGGGGCAUGAUAUCACAGCUAAUACUGUACACAAAGCUCUGCAGCAGCACAAGGAUGUGUUGAGAAGCCUGGAGAGUCACCAGCAGAUUUUUCAGAGAAUCCAUAGAGACAGAAGUGUGGACGGUGUCGCUGUUCCACAGGAUCAGCUCCAAGACAUGGCAGAGCGGAUGAACUUUGUUUCUACAUCCUCCAGCAUCCAUUUGGCCAGGAUGGCAUUCCUGGAGAACAAACAUCACAUGCAGGCCUUCCUCACACUGGCAGAGUCCAGGCUGAAAUCCUGGAUCAUCAAAUAUGGCCAUCAGGAAUCCGUCGAGCUGAUGCUCAACAACUAUAUUUCAUUUGUGGAGAAGCAACAUUUCUUUGAGAAUUAUGAAGCGCUGUUCCAGUCCCUCAAAGAGUCUGCAGAGGCCUACGUCAGUUUGGACAGCUCGGCGGAUGAGGGUGAGAUGGGAGUUCGCAGAUUUUUGCGAGAAGUGGUGACUCAGUGGAGGAGUCUGUCGAUGGAAGUGCGCAGUGUGAGGAGCAUGCUGGACGAGGUUCUGUCCAACUGGGAGAGGUACACUUCCACAGUGGCCUCCUUGCAGGCCUGGCUGGAGGAUGCUGAGGAAGCUCUGAGCCAGCCAGAGAACCUCAAACAGGAGUUUUUCAGGAAACUCAGCCACUGGAUGGAUCAGCACGCAGCCAUGAACGAUGCCGGGAAUUUUCUCAUUGAGACGUGCGAUGAAACCGUGUCGCUCCAUCUCAAGCAGCAGCUGCUUCUGUUAAACGGACGAUGGAGAGACCUCUUCCUCCAAGUCAAACAAUAUGCUCAUUCAGAUGAGUUUGAAAAGUGGAGAAAAGACCACCUUAAGGCUGUGUGGACCCUGAAAGAGCUGCUGGAAACGGCAGAGACCAAGCUGAAUGCUCCUGUUCAGGUGUCCUUCCUCAAUGUCAGAGCUUUCCUGCAGGAUGUAGAGAGCACGAAGCAAAAGGUUGUUUCCAUGGAGACACAAUACAAGUUGGCUGCCCGCAGUGCUCAGCUCCUGGCCAAGGAUGCACCACAGGAUGAAGCAGCCAGGGUCAUGGCAACCAUGGCAAAGGCCAAAACCCAGCUGAGCAAGGUAAGGGAGCGGUGUCCCCCCCUGGUGAGGGAGUGUCACAUCUUACUGCCUCUGCUAGAAGAGAUGGAGAAACACAUCAGUGGUUUCUAUCAGGCCCUGGAACGGGCAAGUCGGAUCACGUCUAGUCUGAGGGACUCGGAGACACCUGGCCAACAGAAGCAAAAGUUGCAGGAUUUGCUCAACCAGCAACAAAGCUGUAAGCGAUGUCUCUCAGUCAUUGAGAGAAAUCACCAGACGCUGCAGAGAGCGCUGGGCAACAGCAAGGUGCUCCGAAAUUUCGACAUGUCAUCGCUGCAAAAGAGAGUCUCAGAAAUUCAAGUAUCAUCACAGGCUUUGCUUAAGGAGGUUGGGGAAUGGAGGAGGCGGGAGGAAGCCAAUAACAGCCUGAGGAGGAGGUUUGAGGAAUCAAGGCAUGAACUGGAGAGAGUGCUGAAAAAAGCUCAGAGCUGCUUGAAGGAGACUGGAGACGCUGAGGAAUUACUACGAAAACACACAGAUUUCUUUGGCCAACUGGACCAGCGGGUGCUCAGUGUGUUCUUGAAAGCCUGCGAUGAGCUAACAGACAUCCUACCUCAAGAGGAGCAGCAGGCUCUGCAGGGAACUGUCCGCAGGCUGCACAAGCACUGGAAGGAUCUUCAAACAGAGGUUCCCUCUCACCUGCUUAGACUAAAAGUGGAUGUGGAGAGAAGUCGAGUGGCCUUGAUUCUUCAAGACUGCAGAGCAGAGCUGGAAAGAGAGAUACAGGCCCUGUCAGGCACCUGCACCAGUGAGCGAGUGAUCAAAGAGCACAGGGCCUUUUUCAAGGAACGUAAACCUCUGAUUUUGUGCGAGAAAAGAAUCAGAAACAUGGAGGAUCUGUGUCAUAAUCUACCUGACAACGACCCGGUGUAUCGAAUGCUGGAUUCUACAAAAAAGGCUGUAGAAGAAGUUACUGAACAAAUAAAGAUCACCCACCUAAAGCUGGAGCAACACCCUGAUAAAUGGAAAGAGUGGAACGACAGGUUCUGUGAACUUUCUGACUGGCUGUCAUCCCAAAGAGGGCAGGUGAGACUUUUAAGAGAGUCAGCAGUAACGUCCCAUCACCAGGAUCAAAUUGAUGCUGCUGUCCGGACUCUGCAGGAAGCCUUGAUAACCCGUGAGGAGAGCCUAUCAUGGUUAAAAACUCGCCUCGCCAGGCUGUCAGAGAUUAGCUCUGAGCUGGAAGUCCAGAGACAGAGAGCAGCCCUCGCCAAACUUUCAACCGAGCUGCGUGGCCUCUUAUCUUCACUCUGUCAGCUGGGAGAAGGCUCUGCCAUGUUCCAAUAUGAGGAGCUGAGGGAUGAGGUGCAUGGUGCUUUGAAGGAGGCUCUGAGGGCACAAAGGGAGGCUGAGGAGCAGAUCAGCAGGAUUCUUAACGCAGAGAACCUGGAAGAGGCCAAACAACUUUACCUCAUUCACCAGCAACACCUGAAAAGGCUGCAUGCUAACAGAAAGGAGGCGGAGCAGCUGGUGACCCACUGCCGCCAGCUGCAGACAGGUGAGGUACUGAGUCAGCCUCUACGGGAACUGGAGGGAGCUUUCGGCGAUGUAGACCACAAAACUGGAACAACAGAGCACACCCUGCAGUCAACCCUGAGCUGCUGGCAGAAUUUUGAGAUGGAAAGAGAAGAAAUAUGGAGGUUUAUUACCGACACUAACAAUGAACUACACAGAGAACUGAUUUUCAAUAGCUUAGAGAGUCUGAGGAGUGAACUGGAGCACCUCAAGGAGCUUUUCAUAGACAUUGAGGAGUAUUCCAUCCGCAGUGAUAUGCUGUUGGAGAAGUCAGAAGAUAUUCAGCUGGGGCCAAAGAACCAGGGUCUUCUUUUACAGCAGGCUCAGUCCUCCAGAGAAAUGAUUGCACAGCUUCAAAAAGACCUCAAAGAGAAUUUGGUCCUUCUUGAGAAGAUGUGGGAGCAAUGGGAGAGCUUCAGCAGAGAAUCAGAGACCCUUUCUCAUUGGAUCAACGAGAAAGAGAGGGAGCUAGAAGCAGUUAGCUUCACAUCCUCCUACGAUCCUAUAGAUGCUCACAUAAGCACAGUGGAGACGAUACACGAGGGAUUGGAGGAGAGAAGGACACUUCUAGUACAGAUGGAGACUGAGAUUGAGCCCCUGUCCAAGUUCGUGACCCCUGGAGCAGCCAGUCAUAUCCGAGUCCAACUUGUACAGAUAAGGCAACGCUGUGACGAACUGAUGGGGAAGAUAGAGCAGCUUGGUGAACAGCUCAACCAGAGCACCAUCUACAGGCAGAGAUGCAAUGAUAACCUCAAACAGGUAAAGAAAACAAUAAACGACAUCAAAGAAAAACUGGACUGUCCAGUCAUUUGUACAUCAUCAACUGAGACCUACAAGAUCCUCCAGGAUCACAUGGAGGUUUGCCAGCGUGUUGAGCAGCUGAAACCCAGGCUGAUGGCGCUGUGUUCAGCCACAAAGAGGGUUGGAGAGGGCAGCCAGCUGGAAGAAGAGGUGGCUGACCUCCAGAAGCAACAGAAACAGUUAAUUGGAGAGGCCGCAGAAAAGCAAUCCACACUGGAGAGCCUUCUAGCUCUGUGGCAAAGAUAUGAAAAAGAGAACGCAUCCAUGAAGACCUGGUUGGACAGAUGUGAAUCUGUGUGCUUCCCAGACACCGAAUCAUUCUCUGCAGAUAAAAUAAAAUUGAGGAAUGAACUCCAAAACGUCCGGGAAAUGCAGCAGGAGACAGCAUGUUAUGAGGCUCUCCUCCACGGUCUUGGAAAUCUCCAGCUGUGUCUGCACCCAACAGCAGACGAAGUUCGAAUCCAGGAGCUGAAUGAUGACCUUGGUCAGCUUCAGGAGAGAUUCGCCUCUGUGAACAUGAGUAUAUCAUACAGGAGUAAAGUACUGGAGGAGCACUUAGAUCAGUUGGAGCAGUUUGAUCAGGCUCUUCUAUCUGUGGCACAAAGAAGCGAGAACUUCCUCUCUGUCCUGAGAAGCUCUCCCUAUGUUCAUAUAUCGGAUGUUGAAGCUGCAGUCACUAAAUUAAAGGAGCAUGAGGCACAGCUACAGGAAAUCACAUUACUGACCGAAAUACUGAAUCAAAAGAAUUCCUCUCUGCUCCACCACUCCACCCCAGAGGCUGAGCAGCAGCUCCAGGCCUGGACAGAGGACUGUUUGCAGCCCUUCAAGGAGUCCCAGCGUCUUUUACUCGUCCGUAAGGAAUGUCUGACUAAAGUAAAGACUUUCCUUUCCAAGCGUGAGGCGGCAUCCAAGGCUCUCUCCCACCUUAAUGCAGCAGUAGAGGACAGGGGAAGCUGGGACCAUUCUAAAGCUGAAGCUCUGCACAGCAGGAUUUUGCAAGUCGCUAAAGACGUGGCCCGACUUGAAGCAGAGGCAGUUGGGUUGGAUGGGAUGCUAAGCAAGGCACACCUGCACCUGUGUGGCAUAGAAUCAAGCGGAUCCAAAAGCAGCAGUGAUCCUCAGGAUAGAACAUCCUGCAGAGGACUGGCAGUCGGCCUCAUGAUGUAUCUGGAUGAGAUACAGAAGGCUGUCGGAUGGAGGCAAAGUGAAGCAGAUGCUUUAGGGUCUUUGUGGUGCUCUUUCAGAGAGAGAAAAGAAGAAGUGAUGAAGAAUUUGAAGAAACUGGAAGACGAUGCAAGACGAGAGGAAGCAAGGGAGUGCUCUGUGCAAGCCUUUCAAAACAGGCUGCGUUUCUUUGUCCAGCUGGAGGAUGAGUUGCAGUCCGUGCAGCACUCCCAGCGAUGGUUGGAGGAGAAGGGGAAGCAGCUGGCUCAGCGAGACAGCGAGCUGGCAGCUGAAGCUCUCAGAGAGGUGGCACUGGUGAAGGCAGCCUGGGAAAACCUGAACACAACGAUAACAAAUAGUCAGGAGCAGAGCGGAGUUGUGGUCGACCUUCUACGCUUGUUCCUCCAUCUGAAGAUGAACAUCAACGCAGUUGUGGAAAAUGCUCUGUCCGUUGCUCAUAAUCUGCCUGACCACAACCACAGUGCUCAGGAUGCCAGAAGGGUUUUCACACAGCAUGAGGCUGUCCAAGCUGACCUGAGAGAAAAACAAGAAGACAUGGACCAGCUCAUCUCCACAGUUGAGGAACUUCAGAGAGAACUGGAGAAGGUUCCUAACUCAGAUAUGUUUUCUGUCCUGAAUGAGAUAGAAUCUCUCAGGGACCAGUGGCUGCUGGUCUCAGAAAAAAUUCAGACAAAUACAGAGAGGCUGGGAUACUGUGUAAAACUUUGGGAUGACCUGAAGGCCAUGGAGCAGGACAUCAACCAGUGGACGGCCGGGUCCAUCACCGAUCUCACCGACACUGUUGCCAGACUCAGUGAUAAGGGUUUGGCAGACGCCUGUCUCACCACAUUUCAGGCUGAAAUGGAAAAGAGGGAGCAGAGGUUGGACAUCCUGCAGGAUAGAAUGGCAGAACUGAAGGAACGAGCCAAACUACAGGAGACACCAAUACAAAUGCAGGUUCUAGAAUCGGAUCUGAGGAAGAAAAUGUUCCACGCGCAGGAGGCAUACAACCAGGCCAAACACACUCUGACCUACUUCGACUUCCAAAAGCAGCGACUGGACGACCUGAUGUCCCAGAUGACUGAGCGACUGGCUGCAGUGGAAGGGUCCUUGUCAGACCUCACUGAAGCUGGUUCCUUUGAAGAUAUUUGUACACUGAAGGACCUGCAGGGUGUUGUGCAGCAGCAGAGGGCAGACAUGGACUCAGCUAGAGAUGCACUGACUUCCCUCAGCAGAUCACAUCCAUCUCAAGAGCUUUUGGUCCUUUCCUCUGAUCUCACCUCCAUCGCCAAGCGAACAGAGGUUGUUGCCCAUCGCUGUGCCAGAACCAGGGGCAGCCUCCAGGAAGGAUUACAGCUCCACUUUAAUGGGCUUGUUCAAAACUUUAAGUCCUGGCUGUCAGAGCUGAAGUUGGAGCUGAAAGACUGUUUCAAUCAAUCAGGAGAUGUCAUCCUCCUUACUGCCAAGUUACAGAGACUGAAGAUCUCACUCGAGCAGUCGUCAGAGGGUGAGGAGCGUCUCUCUCAGAUUCAUAAAGAAGCCGGGAAGCUCCAGCUCCACCUGAGCAAAGUCGAAGCAGCACAGAUCCAUGAAAGUCUUUCUUCCUGUCAGAAAGAAUGGAAGAAUUAUCAGGACUGCUGCUGUCAGAGCCAGCUAGACCUGAAAGACAGCAUUGACCUUUUAAAGAAUUUUGAUGGUUGUGUGGAGAAUACAAGAGAAUGGCUUAAGAAGAUGAAGGUCGGCCUUAAAAAUGAGCCUGAUAUUGUGGUAGAGAGCCAGAGAGGAGCCGCCGAUCCCACAGAAGAGCUGCAGAGGAUAGAGAACUUAAAUAAAGAGCUGAUAGCGCAAAGGGAGUCUAUUGAGCGUGUUUGUCUGGAGGCCCAGGCUCUUUCUGAAUCCGGCCGUGGUACAGGAGAAGAGGUCAGAGUAAAAGCCCAGCUCCAGAUGGAGUAUCAAGCUCUCCUGAAGGCAGCCAGAGAGAGACUACGGGGCUGCCAGGAGAGCCAGGCCUUUGGAGAUGCCCUCCAGGGAGUUUGGGCCUGGCUGGAGGAGAUCCAAGAGAGAUUGGGUACUGUAGACAGCACGAUUGGAACCAAAGAACAGUUAGAGAAGAAACUGGAGACUGUGCAGGACAUCCUGCUUUUGAAGGGAGAGGGGGAGGUGAAGUUAAAUAUGGUGAUGGGUAAGGCUGAGCUCACCCUGCGUAACUAUGGAGCCGGUGGACAGGAAGGGAUCCGCUCUCAGCUGCAGGAAGUGGAAGAUGCAUGGGCCACGCUAUUGGUUACUGCAAUGAGCUGCCACAGUCGAUUAGAGUGGACUGUGUCUCAGUGGGGGGGAUACCUCGAGAGUGCUGCUCAGCUCCAAAACUGGAUGGAAGCUGUGAAAAGGGAGGUGUGUGCCCCGCUCCCACCGCAGCCAGGACCCAGAGAGAAGGCCUCGCAAUUAGAGCGACUCAGAGCCCUAAUGGCUGACCUGGAAGACCACCAGAUGGCGCUCUCCAGCCUGGAAGAAAAAGCCCGAGAACUUUAUAAGAAGACAGGUGAUGCCAGCUUCAAUCAUGGCGCUCGCACUCAGCUACAGAUGCAGUGUGAUCAUCUCACUGCUUUGGUUGAGGAGAGAGUUCGUCUGGCUCAGGUGGUGGUGUUGGAGCACCAGGACUAUCUGGAGGCUGUUCGUGAGCUCACUGAUUGGCUGAUGUCUGCAGGGGAGGAGCUACAGCAUUGGUCUGAUACAUCAGGAGACUCUACCUCUGUCAGAAAAAAACUCUUAGAAGUAAAGGAGCGUGUGAAGUGUCGACUCCUGGAGGGCCGAGAGCGCCUCAGUCGGGUCCGACGCAGCGCGGCGGCCACGGCGGAGCAUACAGCGGCGGGGGGCUGCGAGGCCAUGGACAGACAGCUGGGGGCGCUGUCACACGCCCUGGAGCAGUGGGAGGGAGCUGCCCUAAGGGCCAGAGAUGGCCUGGAGGGGGCCCUGGCUGCUGCCGAAGCUUCAGAAGAAGAGUACGAACAUCUAACCGCCUGCCUUGAGGAAAGGCUGAAAGAGUUUGAUGGACGUCUGAGGCAGUGGAACCAGGAGCUGGUUAAGGCUGAGGGAUGGAGCAGCGGUGAAGAUGCAGUAGAGGGAUGGAAGAUGGCUAAGGAUAUUCUGGAGGACUUGCAGAGCGCUGAGUCGAUGGCAGACAAGUUGAAAAGCCAACUGAAUGACCUGGUUCGAUACUCCAGGGACCUGGGCUCGCAGUCAGACCGAGUCACUGCCAUCAUUAAACAGCACAACAGCCUCAGUCUCCGUGCAUCCCGGGAGUGUCAAAAUAAGGAGCGCCUGUUGGAGCAGAGGUUCCGUGCAGCGCUGAGAGACUUCCAACAAUGGCUGGUCAAUGCCAAAAUCAGUACCGCCAAAUGCUUUGAUGUGCCGCAGACUGUCACAGAGGUCUCCACCGCUUUGCAGAGAAUCCAAGAGUUCUUGAGUGACAGGGAGAACGGCCAGGCCAGACUCAGUACAGUUGGAGCCAGCGGGGAGCUCCUGAUGGCCGUCGUGUCCAAAGAUAGAGUGGAGGGAAUCAAGGCCAAGGUGGCAAAUGCCCGGGAGGACUGGAAGAGCCUAAUGAGUAACCUGCAAGUGAGGGAAGAUGCUCUCAAGAACCUUCAGUCUCAGAUGUCUGAGUUUGAAGCCAGUGCUGAGCCCCUACAGGACUGGCUCAACAGCACAGAGUCCAGAGUCCAGGAGAGUACGGCCCGCCUGCACGACCUUCCGACCAAGAAACAGGAGCUCAGCAAACUGCAGUCUGUGCUGGAGGAGAUGGCUAGUCGAGAGGUAGAGCUGGACAGGCUGAGGGAUAAAGCUCAUCAUCUCUGGGAGGGACAAGCAGCUGGAAAGGGCUUCGUCCACAGAGUAUCUCAGCUGUCAGCGCAGUACCUAUCCCUCAGUAACCUAACCAAGGAUAAAGCCUCCAGGAUAGAGCGCAUAGUCGGGGAGCACCAGCUCUUCUCUCAGGGGCUUAAAGAGCUUCAGGACUGGGUGUGUGAGGCACAGAGGGUCAUAAGUACGUGCACUUCCACUACUAAGGACAAGGGUGUACUGGAGGACCGCAUGUUGCAGCUCGAAGCAUUACUUGCAUCCCGCCAGGAGCGUGAAAUCCAGCUAAAAAUGCUUUUGACCCGAGGCGAGGCAGUCCAGAGAAAUACUUCGGCUGAAGGGGUCCCAGUGAUCCGCAAACAGAUCCAAGACCUCAAGGACUCUUGGGACUCGUUGCUCUCUGCCUCAAUCCAGUGUAAAAGUCAGCUGGAAGGAUGUCUGUCACAGUGGACCAGCUAUCAGGAAGACGUGGAGCAGUUUGUGCAGUGGAUGGAUCGAGUGGAAGAGACACUGAGCUGCUCGGACAGACAAUAUUCAGAGAUGAGAGACAAGACUGCCAACCUGGGAAAGAUGAAGCUUCUCUAUGAGGAGGUUUUGAGUCACAGCAGUCCUCUGGAGACCAUCGCCACAAAAGGCUCCAACAUGGCGGAACAUUGCACAACUCAGCAGGAAGUGCAACAACUGCAGUGUAGAUACAACAACCUGAAAGAAAAGGCUAAGAGCGCUGUUAGCAAGGCCAAGGAGCUGGUUAUGGUCCAUCAGGAAUAUCAACGCGGACUACAUGUGUUUGAGGACUGGCUGGAGCGUGAACAGGCGUCUUUGGCAUCGUCUCAUUCAGAAGGAAACGUGGACAUGCUUGAAAAAACUCUGCAGCAACUACAGAGCUUACAGGAAAGCUGCUCAAAGGGUCAGUCUUUGCUGGCUUCGGUGCUGACCAGCAGAGAAAAUGUUAUCCCCUGGGGCGUCCCUCAGAUUGAGGACCGGGCUCUGGACACCGCAAAACGAGAAUGGGCGUCCUACCAGUGCCGCCUGGAGGAGACUCAGGCCCAGCUGCACUCUACGCUGACAAGGCUGAGGCAGAUGGGUCACAGGUUCCUGAACCUGGCUCAGUGGUUGGAGGACACGGAGAACAUGGCCAGCAUCAGAAACAACAGGAGGUCGGACAGAAACACCAAGCAGGGUCAGCUCAGGAAACUCCAGGGCUAUCUUGAGGCAGUCCUUGCUCGGCAGGGAGAAGUCGAUGGUCUCUCAUCUCUGGCUCAGCAGGUUCUGGAGGAAACCUACAUCAGUAGUCGCAUUAGUGUAACGGCCACCCAGCUAACGGCCCGCUACCACUCCCUUCUCCUCAACAUUCAGGAUACGAUCAAACAGCUACAGGAGGAACUGAAGAGCAUGGAAGAGGCAGAGAACCUCUGCAUGUCAUUCAGCGAGUGGCUUGCUUCGACUCAGAAAAGCUUCACAACACUGACUGAUCGCUCUGAACCGCUGGACCGGCAGGCUAUGGAGAGAAAGAUGAAGAAAUUAGAGAGCCUCCAGUCAGAUCUUCAGCAUGGCCACAACCUCCUGAAAUCCCUGAGAGAGCGUGCGGAGCAGGCAGUGGGCUUCCUAGACGAGGCUGGGGCUGAAAGUUUAGGAGCAGAAGUGGAAGCGCGUCUCGCCCAGCUGGAAGAGCUCGCCGGGGGACUGAGGCAAGAACGCAGCUUCCUGGAACGAGCGCUACUGCUCGCAAAGGAGUUUCACGACCGGUACAAGGCUCAGGUCCAGUGGCUCGCGGAGACCAGGGCUUUGCUCAGCACACCGGUGGAGCCCAAGGCUGAACUGUACCAGCGCAGAGCGCAGCUGGCAAAGUAUAAGGCUCUCUUACAGAUGGUUCAGUCCCAUGAUGGAUCCAUCAGGUCUGUGAUGGAGAAGGGAGAUUCUCUACUGGCUUCUGUCCACUACCCCUCCAUCAGGGACAAAAUGCAUCGAGUACAGAAGGACUACUCCACCCUCCGCAACGUGGCAAUGGCUCACGUAGAGAAUCUGGAAGGCCAGGUGAAGGAACAGGAAGCUUACCAUAACGAGCUGCAGGAAGUGGAGCGCUGGCUGCUGCAGAUGUCCAGCAGGAUGGUGACGCCGGAUCCAAGCGUGAGCGUCAGCCUGGAGGCAGCAACUCAACAGCUGGCCAGACACAAGGCCACCAUGGAGGAGAUUGCUGGUUUUGAGGAGCGCUUGACAGCUCUGAAAGAGCAAGGAAAGGGCUUAGUUCAAGGCUGUAGUGACCGCGUGCAGAGCCGACUGAGACAGCAGGUCCAGACUCACCAACAAGGCAUCAGAGACAGCUACUCAGCCAUCUGCAGCACUGCACAGAGGGUAUACCAGAGUCUGGACCACGAGAUGCAGAGGCAUGUGAGCCUGCAGGACACGCUGCAGCAGUGCCAGACGUGGCUAAGCUCUGUUUCAGAAAAACUAAAUCCUCUUCCACAACCUUCUCUCAGCCUGGAAGAAGCCCUCCAGCAGGUGAAGCAGGAGCGGGCUCUCCAGGAGCAGGCCAGCACGUACCUCCAGCUUGUGUGUUCAGCUUGUGAUCUCUCAGAGCAGAGGGUCAGGGAAGCAGCAGCAAACAUCCAGCAGAUCAAGCUGCAGAUCGAGGAACGAAUGCUUCUUUGUGAAGAGAUGGCAGACAACUGGAGGGACAUCGAGGAACAGAAGAUGGAUUUAGAGAUCCAGCUUAGAGAGACAGAACAGCAGCUUCAGAGCAUGAUCAGAAGACCUGCAGAACUGGAGCCUAAGAUUGCACAAAACCAGCUGGACAAGGCACAGGAGUUCCUACAGCAGAUUAGAGAGAAGCAAUCUGAGGCAGCUCGGCUGAGUGAAGCCAUCGGCAGGUUGACGGACGGACAGGUCUCUCCUGCUCUGGAGGAGAUAAGGAGACUGAAAAGGGGCUGGAUAGAGCUGGGCCAGCAGGCUGAAGAGCUGGAAGCACAGCGGGGGGAGGACAUGCAGCGAAGUGGAGAGUACCAGGAGAGCGUAGCUGCUGUGGAAGAACUAUUCCACCAAGUAUCCAGAGAAUGGGAUUACCUCGCCAGGGCUGACACUGAGAGUACAAGUGAGCAUCUAGAGGCUCUGAGGAAACUGGCCAGUGAUCUGGAUGAACAGAAAGAAACCCUAGAAGACCUGAGGGACCAGAGACAGGCUAUCCUGCCUCGACUAAGCCUGCUAGAUAAGGAGCUGGUCAAACAACAGGUGGGGCAUCUGGAGCAUCGCUGGGCCCAGCUGGAGAGCCUCAUUCUGCAGAAGAUUCAGGAUUCGGCUCAGACCUUGGAGGAUCUCUCCCGGGUGGAGGCCCAGCUGAGAGAUGCCAGGGAGUGGGUGGAGGAGCAGCGACCUGCUCUCACCUCAGCUCUGAGAACUAGCCCCCCCCCAGAUCUAGCCCAGAGUUUCCUGUUUGACCAUCUGAGCAUUUGUGUUGAGCUUGAGGCCCGUCAGCAGCUGCUCAGUCAGGCUGUGAGUGAAGCACAGGCUGUGGCCUCCAGGCUCGGGCUGAGUGAGAAAAAAUGCUUACAGGAGCUUGUUAGGCAAGCCCAGAUGGAGGUUGAGGUUCUUGGUGCUCGGGUCGCACAAAGGAGGAAAUACCUCAGUAAGGCCUUCACAGAGAGAACACAGUUCCUUCAAGGCGUGGGGAGAGCCUUGUUGUGGGUAAAGCAGCAGGAAAGGAAGGCUUUGCUAGAAGACCACAUCGCUCUUCUUCCAGAGGAUUUGACCAAACAGGUUGCAGCAUGUCGGAGCGUCCAGAGCGGCUUGCGAGCCUACCAUAGAGAGCUGGCGUCACUCUGGGUUCAAGGGAGAGAGCUGGAGAGAGAGGCCAGUGACAAAGAAAGAGCAGAAACAGUGGCAAGACUGGAAGAGCUACAGUCAACCUUCGACGCCGCACUCCAGAGGACUACUCAGCGUCUUGCAAGCCUAGAAAAAGCCUUAACUUCAAGGAAGUACUUCCAGGUUGACCUGGAAAAAACCUGCCAGUGGCUAAGACAAGCAGAAGCCAAAACAUUCCCUGAAAUCAACUUUAACAAUGUUGAAGAGAGCACGUAUUUGCUAACACACCUGUCCAACUAUCAAAGUGUCUUAGAGCAGGCUUCGGAGUACGAGAACCUUCUUCUGAUCGUCCAAAGAAUCGGUCAGGAGAUCCUCCCCACUCUGAAUGAGAUCGACCAUUGCUAUCUGGAUGAGCGCCUCAACGCUCUGCCUCAGCAGUACAACGCCAUCCUUGCUCUUGCCAAAGAGAAGAAAGACAGAGUCCAGCAGGUUAUCCAGGAAAGGAAAGAGUUCAGCACUUUGUUUGAAAUCACUCACAGCGCACUGGAGGAACUGCAAGAGCAAUUUGACAAUCUUGAGAAGCAGACUAUCAUCAUAAAAGAGGAGGAUGGUGUCAGUUUGAUGGAUAUGUAUAAAAGUAUUGAUGAAAGGUUGGUUCAAAUCAGUCCUGCUGUUGGAGAACUUCAUGGGAAAACCCAGGGCUUUUUAAUCAGGGGUUAUCAAUAUAAAGCUAAAGAAACUCAGCAGCUGGUCAGACUCCACUGCAGACUGAAGAAAAUAAAUGGCCAGAAGAUUAAAAACCUAAACCAUUGCUUGAACAAAAUAGCUGAACAUAAGAGGAUGGUUUCCAACCUGGACACAGAGAUUAACUCUGUUGCACAGGGGCUGAUCAGAGUAAAAUCAGAUAAAGAAAUUGGUGCUUUAGAUAAGUUAGCUGCUCUUUAUUUGCUGCUAGGAAGUUUAGAAGGAGUGAGAUCUCAGGUAGAAGAAAGUUAUAAACACACAAAACAUCUCGAUCCAAAGAUCGACACUACUACCUUCCAGGAAACCAAACUGAAGCUGGAGAUGUUGCAGUCUUUACAGCGCGAUAUUAAAUGUUUAUUGGAAGAAAGCGAAGCAGGAGUCGCUCAGGAAGAGGACUUCAUGGGAGAGGCUGAGAGGAUGUUGGUGUGGUUGAAGACUGUAGAAGAAAAUCUGAAGGAGCCUUUGAUCAUCUCAGUGUUUAAAGCAGAGAGGAUACAAGAAGAGAAGCAGAAACUUACAAUCAAAGAAGAUGAAGUGAGGAGAAGACUGAAGGUGGUCGAUGGACUGGGAGUCAGAGAAAGGGAAAAAUUAGAAAGUAAGAGAGAAACUGUUCCUUCCAAGAUAGAGAGAAAAGUUCAGGAGCUUGAGAAGCUUGAAACCAAAGUUCAACAAGAAAUCUCUGCUAAACAGCUGGCACUGGAUCAAACCCUUGCUGUGGUCCAGAGGCACCACUUAUCUCUGCAGAACAUGCAGGAAUGGCUGGACAAAGUUGAAGCAUUCCUCCAUGAGACCGGAUCGGUUGUGGAUAUUGAGAACCACGAGGACUGUAUGCGAGAUCUGGAAGAAAUUUUAUCCCAAGAGAAGAACUUUACAACUUCUUCAGAGGAGAUAAGGAAACUUGAUCCUCUGUUGGGGGAUUUUGUGGAGGCAGGAGUGUUGAAACAGGUCAGGGGGGCGAUUCAUUCGAUGCAGCAGGCGAAGCAAGAAGUCAAACAGAAAGUGGAUGCUUACAGACAAGUGCUGCAGAGGUGUGGUCCUCUAUGGAGCUCCUUUCAACAUGCUAAAGAGAUGCUGGUUGAACAGAUGGAUGAUCUGGAAAGCAACAUUUCCAGAUUUACAACAGCAAAAGCUCUCAGUGUCUAUGAGGCAGAGGAUAAGUGUCAAAGACAGGAGUCCCUGAUGAUGAAGGUCGGCAUGCUGGAAGCUCCCGUGAAUGCUCUGAAGGAGACUGCUGCAGAGUUGGAUGAAAUCAUCUGUGAACACAGCAAAGUUCUUACCAGUCACACUGUGUCAUCACUAUGGCAACGGUGGACACAGCUCCGGAGCGUGGCCCGAGCCCAGAAGAGGGCGCUGGAGGACACUGCCAGGGACUGGAGGAACUUCAUCGAAAAGAUGGAUAAGGUGUGCUCCGUCUCCAAAGACCUACACAUUCGUGUACCAGACAGCACCGUUGAAAAGGCAGCCACUAGGGCGGCGCUUCAGAGCCUGCUGGAAUACCACGACUCCUUCAGUCAGGAGGUGGAGAGGGAGCAAUCCACACUGGCCCUGUUGGUGCAACAAACCCACUGCCUUAGAGGAGAAACCGAGAAGGAGGUGGGGGUGGAGAAGAAGGCAGAGAAUCGACAUGAAGAAGCAUCCUGCCUGCAGAAGAUCAGACGCAUGCAAGAGCAAUAUGAAAGCCUGUUGUUGCAGGUGCGAGCUAGCAGGACCCAGGUACACCAGGAGCUGAGGGAGAGAGAGGAAGUAGAGAAGGAGCUUGGCCUAGUUAAAGGCUGGAUCCAAGAUACCCGGGGCUUAUUGCUGAGCCCUACGGCCGACCUAGACUCACUUCUCCAUGAGCUGGAGACUGCACAUGGUGAGGUCAUCAGCAGACGCCAAAGUGUUGAACGCAUGACGGAGCUCCAGCAGUCCAAGUAUCAGGACCUUCAAGCCGGUCUGCCCUCUGAGCUCAGCAUGCAGUUAGCAGAGGUUACUCUUGCCUUGGGUUCUGCUGAAGAUCAGGUCCAGGCAAGGGAGAGGGAGGUGCAGCAGACCAGGGAUGUGAAAGAGGACUUCAGCUACAGGCUUCAGGACAUUGAGACAAAGCUGAAGACCAUCACAAGAAAACUAGAAGAAAGGAGCACCGACCUGGGGGAGGCCAAGGAAGAGACCAAAGCUCUUUGUGAAGAGUGUGAAUCCUGCGGUAGCUCUCUGGCAGAGUUAGGAGUAGCUGUUCAAGAGUUUGGAGAGCAGAACCCGCUGCUGUGUAAGCAGCUCGGAGAUGCUGUGGUGAAACUAACAGAGCUGCAGCGUCAAACCACACAAGUGGCUCAGGACAAAGUCAGCAGACUCAAGAAGGCCGAGAAACUUGCAGAAGAAUAUCACAGCAUGAAGGCUUUCAUCUUGGCCUGGAUAGAAAAAGCAGAUGAUCUGAUCUCUGGUAACAUCGUCUGGACCUCGGCAUCCCAGCUGCAGGAGCAAAUUCGGGCACAUCAGGCAUUGCUGAGGGAGUGUCGCGGUCUCCAUGGCGACUUGGAGGCCAUGGGGGAGAGGGAGGGGCAGCUGGCGGACGUGUUGCAGACGGAGGGAUGGAGCCAGCAGGUUAAACAUCUCAGCAGACGCACAGAAGAGCUGCAGCAAUCAGCCAAGACCCGCUUCCAGAGUCUACAGGAUGCAUCUAAAGACAUGCUGCGUCUGGAGGCAGAGGUGAAAAGCCUGCAUGCUGUUGUUGAUCAGAUCCAGGUUGCACUAGCUUCUCCUGAUCUCAACAAGCUCAGCCUCAGGGAGCAGCUCACACAGCGACAGCUUCUGCUGGCGGAUAUGGAGAGCUUCAAACAGCAGGUGGCUUCAGUACAGCAGUGUCAGAGUGCCCUCCGGCUCCCUGAAGAAGUUGUGGCCAGUCUGCCCAUCUGCCGCACAGCUCAGUCUCUGCAGCAAGAAGCCAGCCAGCUGCAGCACACCACCAUCCAGCAGUGCAACAUCCUGCAGGAGGCGGUGGUUCAGUACGAGCAGUAUGAACAGGAAGUGAGAAACCUCCAGAGAUUAAUUGAGGAUGCUCACCGCAUCAUCCAGGACAGGCCGGUUGCCACCAACAACAUCCAGGAGCUUCAGGCUCAGAUUCACCACCAUGAGGAGCUGACUCAAAAGAUCCGUGGCUACCAGGAGCAGAUCGCCUCACUCCACUCAAAGUGCAAAAUGCUGACAGUGAAGGCCAAGCAUGCCACCAUGCUCCUGACCGUCACUGAUGUGGAGGGCCUGUCUGAUGGCAUGGAGGAGCUGAGCGAUGAAGAGCUGGCCGGCGUCGUGGGAAACACUGGCUCAGCUGCUGGCAAACAGCUUCCAGCCCACCCCUCUGUCGUUAUGAUGACAGCCGGGCGCUGCCACACGCUCCUCUCCCCCGUGACAGAGGAGUCAGGGGAGGAGGGCACCAACAGCGAGGUCUCCUCUCCCCCUGCCUGCCGCUCCCCCUCUCCGGGGGCUAACGCUGCUGAAAUUCCUCUUAACCAGGGUCGGGGGGGCCUAAACAGAGUGCCGCUCCAGGAUCUGUACGACCCCUCGAUGGAGACGGGUGCUGCUAACUUGGACGACCUGCAGAGAUCCUGGGAAACACUGAAGAAUGUGAUAAGCGAGAAGCAGAAGAGCCUGUAUGAAGCCCUGGAGAGGCAGCAACACUAUCAGGAAUCCCUACAGUCCAUUUCUACCAAGAUGGAGUCCAUCGAAGGGGCGUUGAACGAAAGCCUUGAACCUAGCAAGACCCCUGAGAGCCAAAUGGCAGCCCACCAGGCCCUUAUGGAUGAGAUCCUGAUGCUUCAGGAUGAGAUUGCUGAGCUGCGGACCUGUUUCUCUGAGGAACUGGCUGACUGUGGAGAUGGGAAGGCUGGGGAUCAAAUGGCCCUGCGGUCCACUCUAACUGUACUGGGAGAAAGGAUGGCCACUAUUCGCAUGAAGGCAUCCGGAAAACGGCAGCUACUGGAGGAGAAACUGAGUGAACAGCUUGAGGAGCAGAGACAGGAGCAGGCACUGCAGCGGUACCACAGUGAGGCAGAGGAGCUGGACCACUGGCUGCUCAGCACUCGUGCAACACUCAGUUCUGCCCUUCAGCCCCAAAAUGAAGACUUGGACAUGGAGGAGCAGCUCAUUGACUGUCAGAACAUGCUCUUUGAGAUCGAGCAGAAGGUUUCCUACCUCUCAGAGCUGUCCGUCCACAGUGAAAGCUUGCUCUUGGAGGGUCGUGCCGAAACUAAGGAAGAGGCGGAGCAGCUGACCCUCAAACUGCGCUCCCUCAAAGAUAGCUUGAUGGAGCUGCAGCAGAUGCUGCAGGACAAACAGGUGGACAUCCAGGGAUCUCUACAGGAGCAGGAGGACAGUGAGCCGGACUCGUCUCUAUCCCAGAGUCCAAAUGUCCAGGACUGGUUGUCUCAGGCCCGCUCAACACGCUCUCAGCAACACAACGACAACCUACAGAGACAGAGGGAGCUGCAGGAGCAAGUGGAAAAACAGAGGAAGCUGCUGCAGUCUGUAGCCAGUGUUGGGGAGGAGUUACUUAAUCAACAUGGGACGUGUAAUGGAGACAGUGAGGAGUCUGUGCCUGGUGGAGUGCUGCUGGAGACGGAAACCUUGUCUCCGCUGGACCAACUGAGGCAAAGAUGGGAAAACCUCAAUAAAGAUCAGAGCACAAAGCUCCAGCUCUCCCUCAGCUCCCUGGAACAGGACCAACUCAGUCCGGUCCUUCACCGGUCCCGUCUGUCCAGUCCAAACGUAGUUUUCAGGAGUGAGGCUCCCGCCCAAGACCCUGGGUCUCCUAGAUCAUUGUUUGAAGCCUGCUGUAGAAAUCUGGAAAGAAUCAGAGAGGAGGCAGCGGGCAGUGAGAGUAAACUGGCAGCAUCAUUUGGAUCGGAAAGAGUGCAGCAGGAUCUGUUUGCUGCAGUAUCAGCGGCCUCCUCCUGGUUAGAUUCAGCAGAGAAUCAAAUGCUCUCUGGUCCCGUCCUGCUGUCUGAGGAUACAGAGUCUCAACUUACUAACCUUGAGGCUCUGAGUAAGCAGCUAAAGGAGAUAACAAGAGAGGUGAAUGUGUGCAGAGAUCUGCUGGGCUUAGGAACAGGCCGGCUGUGUGGAGGAGAAGAGCAGGCCCUGAUGGAGGACACGCUGGAAGGCUUGCAGGAGAGAAUGGGCCUCCUGCACUCUGCUUUAGAACAACAUUGUGAAAACAUGAGAGACACCCUGCAGGAACACUCUGCUUUCCAGAAUGAGCUAAGGAUGCUGUUCACAGGCCUGACUGAAAGCAAACAUCAGUUACUUCAAAAGAUGGCUGGAACAACAGACCGACCUGCAUCCAAACAGUUAGAGGCAUUGUCUGAGGUGGAGGAGAGCCUCAGAGAGCUUGAACAAAAGGUGACGGAGCUAAGAGUCAGAGCAGAGGGACUCCGACCAGACCAAACCUCCAACCAGGAGCUCCUGAAACUACAAGAUGCCUAUGAGGAGCUGGUGCUCCUGGUGGGCUCCAGGCGGAGCAGCCUGAACCACAGCUUGUCUCUGAAGGCCCAGUAUGAGGCUGCUCUUCGUGAUCUCACCGACCUGAUCGACACUGCUCAGGACAAGAUGGCUGCUGACCAGAAGAUGACCGUCCUUUCUGUCAUUGAGGUCCAGAUGCUGCUCGACAAACACAAAGAGUUUUUUCAGGGACUGGAAUGUCAUAUGAUCCUCACCCAGACGUUCUAUGCAAAAGUGUCCAGUCUGGUUGCACACAGGGAGAGCCAAGUGCUGGAGGAGACCAUGGCUUUAGCUCACAAUGUGUUAAAACAAGCCCACAGGAGGGGAGUGGAGCUAGAGGGCAUUUUAGAGUCCUGGAGCAGCCUCAUGCAAGAUUACCAGGGUCUGUGCAGACAGCUGGAUGCUGUAGAGUCUAGCAUCCCAGCUGUGGGUCUUGUUGAGGAGACAGAGGAGAGACUUCAUGAGAGAAUCGGUCUCUAUCAGCGCCUUAAAGCGAGCCUCACAGAACAUCAGCCUCAGCUGUACCAGGUUCUGGAGGAGGGGAAGAGGCUCCUUCUGUCGGUCAGCUGCUCUGACUUGGAGAACCAGCUCACACAGCUGGGGGAACACUGGCUCUCCUCCACUACUAAAGUUAACAAAGAACUGCAUCGCCUCGACUCCACGCUCAAACACUGGAGCAGGUAUCAGAGGGAAUCAGCAGAGCUGAGGCACUGGCUGCAAUCUGCCCUCGACAGGCUAGAGUUCUGGACAACCCAGUCAGUGACGGUACCUCAGGAGUUGGAGACUGUUAGAGACCAUCUCUGUGCCUUCCUGGAGUUUUCCAAAGAGGUGGAUGCUAAAUCCUCACUACGUUCGUCUGUGCUGAGCACCGGCAACCGGCUUAUGCGACUGAAAAGAGUGGACACUGCUGGUCUGAGGACAGCGAUGGGCCAAGUAGACAUUCAGUGGGCCGAGCUGCUCACUCGUAUCCCCGUAGUGCAAGAGAAGCUCCAUCAGUUGCAAAUGGAGAAGCUUGCAUCAAGACAUGCUAUCACAGAGCUGAUGAGCUGGAUUACUCUGAUGGAGACUAUCAUAGAUGAAGAUCAGGAUAAGAUCAUAGGGACUGUAGGCUCAGAUGUGGUCAAGAACUUCUUGCAGAAGUACAAGGGUUUCCGCAUAGAUCUGACCUGUAAGCAGUUGACUGUUGACUUUGUAAACCAGUCGGUGCUGCAGAUCAGCAGUCAGGACGUGGAAGGAAAGCGGAGUGACAAAACGGACUUUGCUGAGAAGUUGGGAGCUAUGAACAGAAGAUGGCAGAUACUGCAGGGGCUCAUUGCUGAAAAGAUUCAGAUAUUGGAAGGACUAUUGGAAAGUUGGCUAGAGCAUGAAAAUGGCGUUCAGGCUUUGAAAACCUGGCUCACGCUUCAGGAGGAGAAGUUAAAGAAGAAACACAGGAUAGAGGAUGUAGCAUCAGUGCAGAAUGCACUCAAAGACUGUCAGGAGUGGGAGCAGCUAGUGAAAGAAAAAGAGAAGGAUCUAGAAAGGGCAGAGGAAAGAGGAAACGCUCUCAUUAAGGAUAAGAAAGGAGAUGCCUGUUGUGUUGUCAAGGAAACCCUUAAAGGGCUGCACCAGUCCUGGGCUAAUGUGGACCAAAAGGUUGGUCAGAUAAAGGUGAAUUUGCGGUCGGUUUUGGAGCAGUGGAUUCUGUACCAGCGAGCUUCAGAGGAGAUUAAUGGUUACCUGAUGGAGGGGAGAUAUUCUGUGUCCAGGCUGCACCUCCUUAAAGGGUCUCUAGAGGCGGUGCAGCAGCAGGUGGAAAGUCUGGAGAACCUGCAGGAGGAUAUGGAUAAACAGGAGAGCAGUUUCAGAAAGUUUGGAUCCAUUACACACCAGCUGCUGAAAGAGAGUCACCCAUCUGUAGCUGAAACGCUCAACAGAGCACUCCAGGAAGUUAAUGCCAGGUGGAAUCAUCUCCUUGAGCAGAUCUCAGAGCAGCUGAGGGGCAGUAAGUCCUUGCUGGGACUGUGGCAACGCCACAGGUUGUUGUACUGCCAGUGUGUGAAAGCAGUUCAGAAGCAGGAGGAACGUGCAGAUCGUCUGCUAAGGAGCGCCUCUGACAGGGAAAUCACAGAGGAGGAGAGCAGCACCUGGAUAAAAGGUUGCGACGAUUGCCUGAAUGACCAAAACUCAGUACAGCAGUUGCUUGAACAGCUGCAGGCAUUAGAGGAGCAGCUGAAGAGCCAAGUCGACGCCUCCUCCUCUGCAUCCCUCAGAUCUGACCAUCUGCAGCUCUCUCACCGCCUGGCAGUGCUGGAGCACGCCCUGCACAGGCAACAAGAAGUACUGCAGUGUGAAUCCCAAGCCUGCGAGGGUUUCCGAGAGCAGCUGGAGGCAUUGAUAUGUAAGGCGAAAGAGGCGGAGGAGGUGCUAAAGGAGUCUGACCCAGUCGGUACCCCAGACCUCACUGUGGUGCAGACGUCCUUAGAAAAACUCAAGGAAAACCUCCUGAAGCUGAGCAGUCUAUCUCCAGACCUGGAGCGCAUAAACGAGUUGGUCUACAGACUACCAGUCAGUGACAAAGAUGUUAAACGGCUCCAGAAUCUCAACAGAGCUUGGGCUGCUCACUCUGCCCACCUUACAGAAAGGUUCAGUAAACUUCAGUCAGUGUUGCUGCAGCAGCAGAGUUUCCUCCAAAAAUGUGAAGCCUGGAUGGAUUUCCUCUCUCAGACUGAGACGAAACUGGCUGCAGAGAUAUCAGGCAACUACCAGAGUCUGCUGGAGCAACAGAGAGACCAUGAGCUGUUCCAGGCAGAGAUGUUCAGCAGACAGCAGAUUCUUUACUCCAUCAUCAGCGAUGGCCAUCGGCUGUUGGAUCUGGGUCAAGUGGAUGACAGUGAUGACUUCAGUGUUAAGCUGGCUCUGCUGAGCAAUCAGUGGCAGUGUGUGGUGAGGCGUGCUCAGCAGCGGAGGGGCAUCAUCGACAGCCUGGUGUGGCAGUGGCAGAACUACCAGGAGAUGUCAGAGAAGCUGCGACGAUGGCUGCAGGAAGUGACCCGCGAUCCGGACGUACUUCAGCCGGGAGAGCCGGUGGCACUGCAGGAGGCCCGAAGCCUGCUGGGUCAGAUACAGCUCAGGGAGCGUGUGCUUCAGAGGCAGCAGGGAGUCUACAUCCUGAUGGUGGAGGCCGGCAGGAGCCUUCUGCUGUCGGCUGACGCCAGGGCAGAGUCUACUCUGCAGACGGAGCUCAUGGAGAUUCAGGACAGAUGGAGGCAUGCCCACCACCGCCUGGACCAGCAGAAGAGGGAGCUGCAUGGCUUGCUUAAGAACUGGGAGCGGUGUGAAAAGGGCAUUGACGUCUCUUUGGAGAAGCUCCGGGCCUUUAAGAGAAAGCUGUCCGUGCCGCUGCCGGAGCAUCAUGAGGAGCUUCACUCUGAGCAAAUGAGGUGCAAGGAGCUGAAGAGCAGUGUGGAGGGAUGGACCGAUGACCUUACUUCCUUGUUCAAGCUAAGGGAUUCCUUGGAGGGUUUGCUCAGCGCAGAUGAUGUCACAGUCUUACAGGAACGCCUGCAGCUGCUGCAGCGCCAGUGGGAGGAGGUUUGCCACCAGCUUUCCCUCCGCAGACAGCAGGUGAGCGAGAAGCUGAAUGAGUGGGCUGUUUUCAAUGAGAAGAACAAGGAGCUGUGUGAGUGGCUCACACAGAUGGAGAGCAAAGUCUCUCAGAAUGGAGACAUCAGUAUUGAGGAGAUGAUUGAAAAGCUACGGAAGGACUAUCAAGAGGAGAUCAGCGUCGCUCAGGAAAACAAGCAGCAGCUACAGACGAUGGGAGAGCGUCUGGCCAGAGCCAGCCAGGACAGCAAGGCAGCCGAGAUCCAACAUAAGCUCAGCAAAGUCGGCGAGCGCUGGCAGCACCUGCUGGACCUCAUUGCAGCCAGGGUGAAAAAGCUGCGGGAGACCCUGGUGGCCGUGCAGCAGCUGGAUAAAAACAUGAGCAGCCUCCGUUCUUGGCUCUCCCACAUUGAAGCAGAGCUCUCCAGGCCUAUCGUCUACGAAACCUGUGACAAGCAGGAGAUCCAGAGGAAGCUCAGCCAGCAGCAGGACCUGCAGCGGGACAUAGAGAAACACAGCACAGGUGUGGCGUCAGUCCUUAACUUGUGCGAAGUCCUGCUGCAUGACUGCGACGCCUGCUCCACAGAGACAGAGUGCGACUCCAUCCAGCAGGCAACCAGAGGCCUGGACAGACGCUGGAGGAACAUCUGCGCCAUGUCCAUGGAGAGGAGACUCAAAAUUGAAGAGACAUGGAGGUUGUGGCAGAAGUUUCUGGAUGAUUACUCCAAGUUCGAAGAUUGGCUGAAAGCAUCGGAGAAAACUGCAGCCCUGCCCAACUCCUCUGGUGUUCUCUAUACUGUGGCUAAGGAGGAGCUGAAGAAGUUUGAGGCCUUCCAGCGCCAGGUGCAAGAAUGUUUGACCCAGUUGGAGCUCAUCAACAAACAGUACCGCCGACUGGCCCGAGAGAACCGUACAGACUCCUCCCACCGCCUCAGAGAAAUGGUGCAUGAUGGGAACAAACGAUGGGAUCACCUACAAAAAAGAGUGGCUGCCAUCCUUCGCAGAUUAAAGCACUUCAUCAGCCAGCGGGAGGAGUUUGAGACGGCCCGGGACAGCAUCCUGGUGUGGCUCACUGAGAUGGACCUCCAGUUGACCAACAUUGAACAUUUCUCUGAGUGUGACGUGCAGGCCAAAAUAAAACAGCUCCGAGCAUUCCAGCAAGAGAUCUAUCUGAACACAGCGAAGAUAGAGCUCGUGUUUCGCCAGGGCGAAGCUCUGAUUGAGAAGAGCGAACCUCUGGAUGCCGCCGUCAUUGAGGAGGAGCUGGAGGAGCUGCAGAGAUACUGUCAGGAGGUGUUUGGGAGAGUGGACAGAUAUUACAAGAAGCUCACGAGACUGCCUUUGGCCGAUGAUGAUCUGGACGGCUCAGACAGAGAGUUGGACGUGGAAGAUAGUGGAGACCUCCCCGAUCUUCAGUGGAGCGAGUCCCCGGUCCCGCGGCCUUCGAGCCGACCCACUUCAGGCACAGCGGCGCUCAUUCGGGCAGACCGCUCCGGCAGAGACACUCCGGCCAGUGUGGACUCCAUCCCCUUAGAGUGGGACCACGACUACGACCUCAGCAGAGGCUUGGAUAGUCCCAGAGGGCGGAGUGACUCAGACAGGACCCCAGACCACGAAGAGAAGGAUGAAUACCUGAGGACCAGCGUUACUGUGUUGUCAGGUGAGCCAGGCCAGCUGGAGGCCAGUUUGAGACAGCUGGACCAGGCUCUGGAUGCAGGACGCUACCACCUGCAGCAGAGAGAGGCCUCUGCUAGCCGCUCCAGCUCAGACGUGGACUCCACAUACAUGGGCUACAUGCGUCUGAUGGGAGAGUGUCGCGGCAGCAUCGACGCAGUAAAAAAAGCAGAAGGAGAGCUGACCGAGGACGAGGAUGACAUGCCAGGACUCACCAACCCGGCCAGCGCAGAGACGCAGAGCAAAGGUGUAAUUGAACGCUGGGAGCUGAUCCAGGCUCAGUCGCUGAGCGAGAAGCACAGACAAAAACAGAACCUGCGGCAGUGGCAGCAGCUGAUCUCAGAGCUGCAGACCAUGAGGGCCUGGCUGGGUCAGUCUGAGGCUGAGCUUAGUCGGCUGCGAGGGCUGGACGUCAGCACCAACAUUCACACCAUCCAGCAGCGAAUCAAGAAGCUCAAGGAGCUGCAGAAAGCGAUGGAUUCUCACAAGUCACAGGUCCUCUCUAUAAACCUGAGCAGCGCAGACUUCCUGCAGUCAGAACCCGACUCAGAGGAGGCCUGGGAACUGAGGGAUCGGCUAAAGGAGAUGAACUCGCACUGGGAACGGCUCAGUAACUCGCUUGAAGACUGGAGGGAGGAACUGCAGAGGGCGCUCAUGCAGUGUCAGGAGUUCCAUGAGAUGAGUCACGGUCUGCUGCUGUGGUUGGAGAACAUUGACCGCAGGAGGAACGAGGUGGUGCCCAUCCCUCAGAGAGCCGACUAUGAAACAUUACGACAUCAUCACAAAACACUGAUGCAAAUCAAGUGUGAGCUGUUGGACUCACAGCAGAAAGCUACUUCUCUUCAGGAGCUUUCCACUCAGCUGCUGGUCAACGCGAAGCCCCUGUCUCUCCAGACCCCAGGGCAAAACCAGUCCCAUGGCAGUGAGUGUCUAGAAGCACGAGAAAAGGUCCAUGUUAUCUGGAAUAGGCUGCGGCUCCUUCAGAGGGAGGUAAGCUCAGACCUGGAGCUGCUGGAGAAGAGACUGGAGGCCGUGGAGGCACAGCAGGAUUACCUGUCUGGACCUAUUGGAAGAUCCCAAAUCCGCGGAUCUGCUGGUCCCAGGACAGAGAAGGCCGUUCAAAGACGAAAACAAUCGCCUCGAAGCAAAACUAGUCAGGCCCACCCAGGACACGCUGAGAGCGGCUCGCGCCACAGCCGGAGCCGAUGGCCAGGCGCCGCUGGCUGCGUUUCCUCCCGUUCUGACCUUCUAGACGGCGUCUCCUCGCAGUCCUCCUCCUCAAACCACAAGUCCUUCCUGCUUCGUGUCCUCAGGGCCGCGCUCCCCGUCCAGCUUCUCCUGCUGCUCCUCAUCGGCCUGGCCUGCCUGGUACCCAUGACGGAGGAGGACUAUAGCUGCCAUCAUGCCAACAACUUCGCCCGCUCCUUCCAUCCGAUGCUGCGCUACACCAACGGACCUCCGCCCAUAUGAGGAGCGGCAGACUUCAUCUUCCUACUUCUUUGCCAAGGACUUCUCUGAAUGUUUCCUCUUCACUUUGUGCCCUCAAGCAGUAAACUUUUCAACCUGCGUAAUGAAGUAUUUCUCUCAUAAUUGUUGCACACCCUUCAACCCUUUAACGAAGUGGACCUUCAUACGAUCAAUGCUUUUUCUCAGUCCAGAUAGUUCUGGUUUAACUUAAAUGUGUAUAUAUAUUUUUUUUAAACUCACGUUAAAUCAUUUUAACGAACAAAGCACUAUUUAUGUAAUGUAUGUUGGGAGCCAAAGUCAGCCAUGCUUUUUGUCCAUGAUAUACAGCUGCUAGUAUUUAUUUAGUGUUCAAUCAGCUUGGAGCUGAUCAAGCUAAAGUAUCCCUCCAGUGAGGGAUACGUGUACCUGUAAAUUGUAGAGUAGCCUUGCAGGUUGAGUAGCAAUCAUUCAGUCUAUGUGUGAAGAGUUUCAUUUUAAGAUGUCACCUUUGAGGAUAUUCUCAGAUUUAAAAGAACAAACUGACUGAAGCAGCACAGAAACUCCUCUGAAGUUUGGGAUGUAGCAUCAUUUUUGGGUUUAAAAAUGACCUGCCUGACUCUAUAAAUGAAGAUUUCACAUGUUAAAGCAAAAAUAUUUUGAAGCACUGUUUUAAAAAAAAAAAAAAAAGGUACCGCACUGAAGCCCUCUGUUAAAGCUAAGGCUUGCAUCCCAACUAGGAAAGUUGGUAAAAGAACACAUUUUAUUUCUAAAUUAAAAAAUAAAAUCACUUGCUUUGUAAAUUAUUGCUUAAAUUGUCUUUGAAAAGAGGUCGGGGUUUUUUGUACUUUUUGGUUGAGCAUGCACUUGAAGGUCUCCUGUGCUUAACGAAGCCAAACAAUCACUGCUAGUGUUUUAGUGAAUGGCUGUGACACGAUAAAAGUGUGCUUUGUAAUUACCGUCUAAUUACUCCAGAAACACUGCAUUGUUAUAACUAAUUCUGUAAAAAUAAAAAAAAAUAAAAAACAUAAAUUGUUAUUUAUGUAUGUACAGUUUGGAAGAUUACUCUUUUUGCAAAUAAUAAAACAUGAAGUAUUUA